AGAGAGGAGCCGCGCGGAGUCCUGUCUCAAUCCGGAGUCUUGAAGCAGCCAUGGCGUCAGGCCUGUUCGGUGUUGUGUUGGCUUUAACGGUGGUGCUGGCCCCGUGUGUGUCCGCAGGGGGCAGAGACUGUCAGGCCUACCAUAGCCAAUCAUUCCAAAGUUGCUCUGGGCAAGGAUUUUGCUGUGGUUCCUGCAUGGACAGAAGAUGCUGUACGGACAUUUUCAAGCGGUUUUCUGAGGAUAAACAAGAAGACUGUUUGAAUCACUUGAGCUAUCAUUCCUCACCAUUGCCGAUGACCCUUGGUAUUGGAAGCGUCGUCGUCGUUUUCCUCAUCUUCAUCUGCUGCUGUAUCUGUCCCUGCUGCUGCUUGUACAAGAUGUGCCGCAAGCCAAGACCUGUGAUAGCUACCAGCACCCACACCACAGUGGUCACCACCAUUCCUCAGCAGUACCCGCAGCAGCCAACCGCAACACCUGGGCAGCCUCAGUCCUACCAGGGGGGCCAGUAUCAAAUCUACCACCCAGUACCAGUGCAGCCGGGCUACGGCGCUCAGCCAGGGCCCCAGGGCUACGGAGCUCAGCCAGGGCCCCAGGGCUACGGAGCUCAGCCAGGGCCCCAGGGCUACGGAGCUCAGCCAAUGCCAACACCACCCUACCAUGGACAAGCAAUCGCAGCAGGACCGCCACCCACAUAUCAGGAAGCCACCGGUCCAGGCUUCCCUCCCCAGCCGAUGCACUAUAGCCAGGCUGCGUUCAGCCCCGGCCAGCCAGCGUACCCUCUGCAGCCUCCUGUCCAGCCGCAGCCCAAAGCUCCGAACCCAAACUACCUGGCCCAGCCAGCCUACAACCCGGAUUAUACUGGAUAAUAAACCACGGUGCUAUGCUCUUAGCCACUCUAAAAUAUGCUGCAACAUUUUCGAACUUGGCAGAACUGAAGAUGUGUCAUUUGUAAUUUUGGUGGUUGAAUAUGGAAAUGUUAUGACACAUUAAUAGUUGUUGUAGUGCAUCUGUUCUGUCGAAGAGUUGCCAAGUGAAA